GACACUCCACGACCUGCGAACAGCUUGCGCCGGACAAUGGCGCGACAACAAGCCGUGUUUCUGCUUGCAUGGGCUCUUGCUCUUGGAGUUGGAGUUAUGUCUUCAAUGGCUUCAGCCGCAAUCGUGGAACACGUAUUCAAUGUAGAGAAUGUGACAGUGAGAAAAUUAUGCCACGACCAUGUGAUCACUGCAGUGAACGGAGCUCUUCCUGGCCCGACGAUUCAAGUUACGGAGGGAGACACCCUCGUCGUUCACGUCUUCAACAAGUCUCCAUACAACGUAACUAUUCACUGGCAUGGGGUGUUUCAACUAUUGAGUAGUUGGGCAGAUGGACCAAGUUAUAUUACGCAAUGCCCAAUACCUCCUGGAGGCAAUUAUACCUACAACUUUACUAUCACUACACAGGAAGGCACACUCUGGUGGCAUGCUCAUGUUUCAUUUCUCCGUGCCACCGUCUACGGUGCUCUCAUCAUCCUCCCUAAGUCGGGUCACUACCCAUUUCCUACACCUUACGAAGAAUUUCCCAUUAUUCUAGGAGAGUGGUGGAACGCAAAUGUGAUCGAUUUACAGACCCAGGCGCAAGCGCUCGGCACGGGGCCUAACAAUUCAGAUGCAUUCACCAUUAAUGGAAGACCCGGAGAUCUCUAUCCUUGUUCAAAAAACUGUACCUACAAGCUAAAUGCGGUGCACGGACAGACCUACAUGCUUCGCUUAAUUAACGCUGCACUCAAUAACCAACUUUUCUUCAAAAUAGCCAAUCACAAGUUUACUGUCGUCGCCGUCGACGCCUCAUACACCAAUCCCUAUGUCACCGACGUUGCUGUCCUCGCCCCAGGCCAAACGGUUGACGUGCUCCUCACCACCGACCAAACUCCAGGGGCCUACUACAUGUUAGCCCGCCCGUACGUUAGCGCCCAGAAUGCUCCGCCGCCCGACAACACCACCACGACUGGUAUCCUCAUUUACGACGAGCUGCCCUACACGAGCCCAAUCAUGCCGCUCUUGCCAGCCCUCAACGACACCCCGACAGCCCACACGUUCUCCUCCUCCUUGACCAGCCUCGUGGGGAGCCCGAAUUGGAGGCCGGUGCCGACUCAGCUGGACGAGCAACUGCUCUGGACCGUCGGAUUGAGUGUAGCCCCAUGCGGCCCCCCCAACGCCUGUACGGGCGUACCCAAUAUCCCUACGCUCCGGCUGUCCGCGAGCAUAAAUAACGCUUCGUUCCAAUUCCCCACGAGCCUGUCCAUCUUGCAAGCACACUUCUUCAACGUGACAGGGAUCUACACCGCCGAUCUCCCCGACCAGCCACCGCUGAAAUUCGAUUACACGAACCCCGCCAACAGCAACAACUCAGCAUUGGCGUUCGCGUUCAAGAGCACGAGGGUUAAGCAAGUGAAGUACAACGCGACCGUCGAGAUCGUGUUCCAGGACACGACCAUCAUCGGUGCAGAGAAUCACCCUAUGCACUUGCACGGCUACAACUUCCACGUGGUGGGACAAGGGUUCGGGAACUUCGAUCCUGUCAAUGAUCCGAAGAAAUACAAUCUAGUCAACCCGGUGAUACGCAACACGAUCGGUGUGCCCGUGGGAGGUUGGGCUACCAUCAGGUUCCAAGCAAAUAAUCCAGGUGCAUGGAUACUGCACUGUCACCUGGACGCCCACUUGACGAUGGGACUAGCGACGGUCAUCGUCGUCGAUAAUGGGCCGACCCCGUCAUCGACGUUGCCUCCACCUCCUCCUGAUCUGCCUCAGUGUUAGGACAGACAGCACACGAAACGCGCUUUGUCUAUUUAUUCUUUCUGGAUGCAACCCCAUUAUAAUACUCAGUUAUCCAUUGCUUCAUUCCUUCGACAAUGCCGAUUCAAUGGAGAGAGUUCAUGUUUUCCGGUCCUUCGGUUCACAUACAUCCCCCGCCUUUGGCCGGCAAUUUCAUGUCUUUAAUAUAUCUGAAUGUCUACCUGUUUACACCUGUUUAUGUAUAAGCAUAAUAAAAGAAGAAAUAAAGAGAAGAGUCUCUUGUGUCCA